AAACGUCAUCUCUGCAGCUGUCAUCAGCUGCGCGAGAAAUCGAUUUGUUUUUGUUCGCUUUAUCUCUGCAAGGGAAAAUAUUUUAGAAUAUUUUUAAUCAGUUUAAUUCCGUUGUGAAGUGAAAAUUUGCUCUACAAAAUGGACACCACGGAACCAGGCAGGGAAUAGUUUAUUUUCAACAGCGGAGAAAGGAAGAUGCUGUUCGAUUAUGACCAUCAAAAAAUGCUCGAUAAGAGAUAACACCUAGAGUUGUUAUCUGACGCAGUGGUUCCCUUGUCGAUCCAAUCAGGAGAAAAAAAAAAGUUCAAGUGCAUUGGCAUUAGGUAUUGGUGUGGUGGACUGAGGUGCAGACGGAAAUGGAUGAAGUCCGGAAUCGAUUUGGCGAUGCGGUCCAGACCGUCCAGAUCAAUUCCAACAUCAGUAUGGCCACCGAAACGGGAUUGCGGGUUGUGAGGCAGUACUCCGACGAAGGUCGCAAUAUCGCUAUGAGAGCGAUAAACGACGCAAACGUCGAAGCAAAUAGUAUAAUGAGAAAUGCAUGGGCCAAUGUGCUCGAGCUAAUUGAAAGACUGAAAAAUACUGCCAGGGAAGUAGCUGACCCGUCUAUAAUCUAUGAACAAUUGCAGAUACUUUUUCGUGAUGAAAUUUCCCUUAAUAAUGCUUUCUUCGUACUAGUCGGCCUCGGAUUUGGAACCACUGGCGGAGUCCUGUUAGGAUUUUGGCUAGCAAGACCUCAUCUUGCCAUGCCUAUAAUGAAAUCAAUUGCUUGCACUUCAUUUCGAGACCCAGACAACGUGGCAGUAUGCAAUACGGGAGUUCCUCAAUUUGAGUCUUCCAGCGAUAUAUUAGUGCGGGUUCGUGCAGCAGCCCUGAACCGGAUAGAUCGCCGGAUAGCAUUUGGUUACGGACGAACACUGAGAAGAAUGAUAAAAAACUACGAUUCCUCCUAUAAUCCUGAACUUCCACUAGUACUUGGUCGAUCUUGUGCCGGCAUUGUGGAGGCAGUAGGUAAAACUUCAAAAAGUGGUCUCGAAAUAGGCGACGAAGUUUGGCUUGCUGCCCCUUGGUACGAGUCAGGUACUGCUUCAGAAUUGGUAGUGGUUCCCGAAACCCGAAUAUCUCGAAAACCGUUCCUUAUUGGAUUCGAAGGUGCUGCAAGUUUACCAUAUAGUGGCUGUAUAGCUCUCAGUUUAAUGGAUGCGCAUGGCCUAACGGAACAUACGUCUAAAGGCAAGCGAGUGCUGGUACAGGAUGCCUGCUCGCCUGUGGGUUGCGUGAUUACACAGCUAGCCAAUAAAUGGGGAGCAAACGUAGCAGUAACCUGCCACACCAGAUCGGCUCCGGUCAUCCAUGAACUGGAGGAACGAGGUGCAGCAGAUAUAAUUGGUGCAGCAGAUAUAAUUGCAUUCGCAAACGAACACUUCCGAUCCAAUUUCAUCGAUGUCAAUGUGGAAAAAUCGAAUCUGAUUAACGAGCUAACUCCGCGCGAAAAAUUCGACUACAUCUUCCUAACCACCCGUAUCGCGUACGAUCAUAAAUUUUUGGAAAAGUUCCUCACCAAACAGGGCAUUAUCAUCGAUGCCGUAGAGCCAGAACUGGCCUCAGAUGAGUAUGGACCACUGAUGAGGGUACUCCUGGCGUUCCUGGUAAAGUUUCGCAAGAUGAUUGCAGUCGUUUUUCGAACUCAUCCCGACUGGGGUGGUCCACACUUGUGUCAUCUGGUGUUAGAGCGAUUAGCCGGAUUCGUAAAUGACGAGACACUCAAAACAGUUGUUGAUAGGGUUUACACACCAAACGAGGUCGAACGAGCACUAGAUCACAUAUGUAGCGAAAAAAGUAUCGGUAGUACGAUCAUUACCUUCCGAUAGAUAUAAGUGAACGAACAUACGCGUGGGAACAAUUCAAUCAUCUUUACAUAGUCUUGAUAGUCUGAAACCAUCUCAUUGUCAUUGUCCUUAUACAGUUAUGACUAUAAAGUGUCAUUGUCUUUGCAGUUUUGAUUCCCAAGUACUUACACAACAGUCAUAAGAUUAUAGAAACAGUUAGUAACAACCGUUAGAAAUCAUCGAUUUUUAAAUAAUUUUCGAAUCUGUAACUCUAUGUGAAAAAAUGUGUGUUCCCAACAUUCGUUAUGUACAUAAUUUAUUUUGCCAUAGCACCAUCGAGCAUUGGAUUUUUGUUUCUCGUUUUUAUUAUUGUUUAAAAAAUAAAGAAAUGCACGUAACUAUUGCAAUAAACGUGAAUCACAGUCAA